AUGUCUCUAGAAGUACUUCCUACCGAGGUGGAUGAGAACAUCAUCCGUCGGCUCUCUAAGCCCGAGCUAGACAGCUUAUCCCGCACCUCGCGCUACUAUCGGAAUCUCACGGAGCCGUUCCUCUACAAAGAUCUUACUUUCUCCACCCAUCACGACCACAAAAUUAAGCUCCGCGAAAAGGGACGUUCGGGGUCCGAUGACCCCAGCGGCGAGGACUUCUACUGCGAGUUUUGGCGCAAGAUCCCGGACAUCCAAGAUACUAUCGACUUACUCGCCGCAGACAUGGAGACGAAGUUCGCGUUGCACUGGUUCGGUAGCAUGUUCCAGAAACGCCCGUACUUUGACGGCGUGCUGGCUUGUAUCCUUUGCAUGGCAACCAACCUGGAGCACCUGAACCUCACGAUGUCCUCGUGUGAUGUGCUGCCGCUAACACUCGAAGUCUUGGGGGGCCCGUGCGAUGAAGAUGAAGGUGCUGCAGAACAAGAAGAUGAUCAUGAUGAUGUCGAAGGUGGAGACAAUGUGGAAGAUGAAGAUAAUGCAGAUGAUUUAGAUAUUGCAGAUGGUGGAGAUGAAGGAGAAGAUGGAGCUGGUGUCGGAGACAAGGAUGAAGUGGUAGAUGGAGAAAACGCCGACACUCCAUAUCCAUUCUGGAAGCUGAAGACCUUCAGCAUUCAAGGGAGCGACUACUAUGGAAGCCCUCUCCAAGCUCCCGUACUGCCAACUCUCGAGAAACUCCAACUGAAGCAAUGCGCAUACGACAGGGUUAACACGCUCCCUCUCUACUUCCCGUACGCGCCGCACGCCUCAGGCGCGAAGCUACAUACUUUGGAGAUCGACCAAGUCAACCUCGAUCUCCCUUGGUUUGCAAUCACGCUAUCUGAACCUGACUUUAGUGCCCUUAAACAACUCAUCGUCAGCGGCGUUGGUUGGAAUUGGGAACACGGACCGUGGAACGAGUACGAUUUUCGCCACCUUAGCGACGCAAUAACGGCACACCUCCCAGAUCUCGAACGCCUAGAAUGGACUUACAACGAAUUAGACCGCGAAUGGGGUUUGCUGAAGCCCUUUGGCAGCUUCAAGGCGCUCUCCAAACUCAAGCACCUAGCCGUCGACUACGAGUUGAUAACAUCGCAGUCGCAUGGUCAUGACCAUUACCCUGAUCAUCUGGUGAAUCCCCACGCUUUCCUUCCCGACAGCCUGAAGAUGCUGCAUCUUACUGAUGUUCAUCACGCUCUCCUCGACAGGCUCUGUGAUCGAUACGCCAAAUUCUCUACUGGACGCUCCUCGGCACUUCCCUUCGUCUCCGGCCUCUUUUCCACCUUCGCGCUCGAGCACUUUAACAUGCACAUCAACAUGGAAUUCUGGGGUGACGACGAAGACGGUACCAGUGAGCUAGAGAAGAGUACGCGCAAAUUCUUGCGGGUGAUGGUUGAGGAGCUGGAUCGAAUGGGGACGGAGAUGCGUGUCUGGCGCCAGGGAGGUCGAUUACCGGAGAGGUUGCUCAUGGCUCCUGGAUUUGCAGUGCCCUGGCCCUAUUGGGGCGACGUUGACCAGGGCCACUGGUGCAAGAAAGACCGCGAGUGGUGGGAGAUCAAGAAUGGGUUAAGAGCCGGGAGGAGGAAUGAGUACACCCAUCAUGACGAGGAUUAUGCGGAUAGCAGCGGUGAUGAGGACGAUGCUGGUGAUGAUGGUGGACAGACUAGAGCUGGUAGGCUCGAUUAUGUGGAUGCGAGCGAGAUCUGA